AGCCCCAACGUAUUCUUGCGAGAUCGCAACGGAGCAGGCGAGAAGCGGACGGAACGACGGGGGACGGCAGGAGGCGACGGCGCUGCUAGGAAUCUAGGACCAUCGGCGGCUCGGCAGCAAUCCAUAUUUCGGGUUCGUAGUUUAAUAUCCGGUUGCGCGAUUCCAUUCUCCAGGAGUCUAGAUUGUUCAAUUUUCCAAUUUCACCCCUUUUGUACCAUGGAGACGGGCAAAAAACGGCCGCUGGGCAGUGGAAGCCGAUGAGGUAGAGCUUGUCCGACCUCAGAGAGGAGAAGGAAAUGGCGGCCUCAUUCAGAUGGAUACUGCAGCUACACAAGGACGUCCCUAAAGCUGCGAAGUUCUACUCGGAAGGGUUGGGUCUCACCGUCAAUGUCUGCACUCUUCGUUGGGCCGAGCUCGAAUCCGGCCCUCUCAAGCUCGCUCUCAUGCAAUCCCCCAGCAAUAAUGUUGUGGCGAAGGGAUAUUCGUCACUUUUAUCCUUUACAGUAUGUGACAUCAACAGUACUGUGACGAAACUGAUAGCGCUAGGUGCAGAGUUGGACGGUCCCAUCAAAUAUGAGAUUCAUGGGAAGGUUGCUGCUGUGAGGUGUGUAGAUGGCCACAUGGUUGGUCUUCACGAGCCCAUGUGAGGUGUGUCUUAUUCUUAUAUUUACUUCAAACCGAAGACAACAUUGUGAAAGUUAGAUGCUAGAAAACACCCAAGGAUAAAUAUAAUUUUUUUUUAUUUUUUAUUGAGAAAUUUACCCCUUUUUUGGCAUCUAUAGCAUUUGCAAUGUGUGUACUUAUGGCAUCAAUUUUGAGUUUGUGCACUUAAAUAGGAUCCUUCAAGUCUAAAGAUCAGAUGAAGCGAACGGAAGGCAGCUUGGAUCGCUUAUCCUCUCCGCAAAGGAUUCAGAGGACUAUCUGCAAUCGAAGUGGGCGACGCCGGUGGAUUAGCAUUGUCAUCUUCCAUCUGUGACCUCUCUGUGUUGUGUGCAAAUCAAUUGCAGAACGAGAAAAAUCUUGAAAAUCGUUUCUUGCAAUUUGAUUACAAUAGAGGAAAAAGAAGAAUUCUUUUGUUUUUUUAUUGUUUGGAUUUUGUAAAAAUUUUGCAAUGAAUAUUGUUGUUGGCC